AUGAACCUCUUCUCCACAAGAGACGAAGCCUACCACCGACAACAAAAGCGCAUCAUUGCAAAUUCCUACAGCGUCUCCUCCCUUUUAGAGCUUGAAUCCUCAGUCAACUCCUGUACAGAGGUCUUCACAUCCCAGCUCUCAAAAUUUGCCACAAAAGGCACACCCAUCGACCUAGGCUUAUGGCUUCAAUAUUACGCCUUCGAUGUCAUUGGCGAAAUUACCUUCGCUAAAAAACUGGGCUUCCUAGAGCAAGGCUGCGACAUCGACGGCAUGAUGCAGGCUAUCAAGGGAAUGCUUGUGUAUGCCAGUUUAUGCGGACAGAUCCCAAAAAUGCACAAAGUCCUCCUUGGGAAUCCGCUUUUGACGCGCUUUGUGCCCAGCAUGGAGUCCUGGAACCAGGUACUGCAGUUUACGCUCAAGGCCGUUAACUCUGUCGCUUCGCUGAAAAGAGACGGGGAUAAGAUCAAUGCGUAUCAGCGGGAGGAUACGGGCGGGAAAGAUAUGAUGUCCCGUUGGAUGGUAGUGCAUCGUGACGAUCCGGAGAAAUUAUCAGUGCGAGAUAUUAUCGUGCAUCUUUCUGCAAAUGUCUUCGUGGGCGCCGCUACCACGGCAAUUGCUCUACGCGCGACUUUGGACUUCCUUCUGCGGGACUCGCGGAUUAUGGACAAGGUUCGGGGUGAGAUCGAUGCUGCUGUUCUUGCGCGUAGAGUCGGGAAUCCAAUCUCGUACCGUGAAUCGCUGGCUCAUUUACCCUAUAUGACGGCUGUCAUUAAAGAAGCGCUGAGGCUCCAUCCUUCUACCGGUUUGAUUAUAGAGCGGGAGGUUCCUCAACCGGGCGCUACGAUUUGUGGAAAGUAUGUCCCUGGCGGGACUAUUGUGGGUAUCAAUGCUUGGGUGGUGAAUCGGAAUGCGCGGGUAUUCCAUGAUCCUGAUGUGUUUAUCCCUGAGAGGUGGCUAGAGAGUACACCAGAGCAACUGAUGGAGAUGGAGCAGACUAUAUUUACUUUUGGGGCUGGGCCAAGGGCUUGCGUGGGGAAAAAUGUGUCUUUUAUUGAGAUGCAUAAGAUACUCCCACAGCUGCUGCGGGAAUUUGAGGUUCGUUUGAAUAGUCCCAAGGAGUUGACGGUGAGAAACAUUUGGUUUGUGCAGCAGGAGGGUUUGAUAUGUGAUCUUGUGCAGAGGUGA